AUGUAUAAUUAUACUAAGGAAGGGCGGGGAAUGGUCAGGUUAAAAGUGGCCUUAGUGGGUAAGAGUUUUGAUGACCAAGCAAAAUUCUUUGUUAAGUUAGCCACUGUGUACUUAGCUCUUGCCGGAGAUUCUAGAGGUUGCGUCCUAUUCUACAGGUUCUGCAAAGUAUUUGUGGAUGAAACAGGGCGUAUUAUUAAUUUAAAUGCAAUUAAGGUGCUCCUAACUACUACAAAGGAGACCUUCGCCCUUGUGUUCAACUUCGCAGAACAGGGCGACAUACUAGGGUUUUUAGAAAGAAGAUUAAGGCCAGGAGAACUAGAAAAGAACUACUUAAUGACAAUUCAUAAGAAGGGUAUUGUGCACUGUAAGAUUUUUCCGCUGCUUUGCAACAAGGAUGGAAAUGCCCAUUACCUCGCAGGCCUUAUAAGAGUACUGGAGCGGUGCUUAGAUCCCAAUCCGGCCGGGCGAUUUGACGCGACAUCUUUAGUAGUGGUGAUGGAUAAGAUCAUGGAUGGCCCGUCAGGGAUAGCUGCUUCGACCUACGGUGAGGAGACUGAAUAG